AGGCUGAUGGUCUUGUGUUGACCCACCUCUAAGGCCGACGAAGGCUGGAUGAUUGGUUGAUCGUCUUGUGUUCGCUGCCUGAUGAAGGUUGCCGCAUUCCAACACGUAGUAGUGUGACAACCGAGGCCAACGGCCUCGGGCAUACAAAUAGAGACCGUUUGGUAACCGCUUGGCCUACAGCAGUAUUAAGGAAUCGCGGUCGCGGCCGCCUUAGAACGGCAUACUGUCGUGAUAGGCCUCGCUUAGCUUCCUCGUGUUUACAGUAGUAGUCUUCCUCUUGAACCAGUGUCAGGAACUCGUUAUGCCCACUUUUUGAAGUGUCUAAAGUGACGUCUAAAGUCGUAACUCGUGACUUCAAAAGUCGUCUUCAACCAGUGGAAGCAACUCGUAAUGUCCACUCUUCGCCGAUCUCUUCUGCGCCUUCAGGCCGCCGUUAUUCUGAUCCCAGCCAUCCUCGUUAUAGGACCACCAUUCGAUGUAAAACACCAGCUCGUUGCAGCGCAGGGCGGAGAUUCGUCCAGCGAGUCAGAUGGGGGAGGAGCGGGAGCAGGCAAUGACGGCUUCGCGGAAUUUUCGCCGCUUUCAUACACUUGUCCGCAGGAAAUGGCGUCUCGCCCUUACUCUGACAGCUUCGAUCCCUCCUCUUUACUAUCCGCCAAGUUCAUAUCCGUGGGUCGCCUCUACGAGCAGCUCAGCAAGGCUCGGCUGCACUUGGGGGAGGUGCUAUCUGUGGCGCUCCAUGCAGGUCGCACCCUCAUCCUGCCGUCCGUUGGCAACAGCCGGAUCGGCACUGUAGCAGAUUAUGCCUUCCCCUUCUGCACUUAUUUCGACCCGGGCAGCCUCGGGCAGUUUGUGCCGUGGGUCUCGGAGGAGUUUUUUUAUGGGCAGGUGGUGCCGGCGUGGCAGGCAGCAGGGCGAGGGGAGGGGAGUGUGGUGGCGCUGGUGCUGGGAGAUAAUAAGAUGAAGGCUUGUGACGUGUAGAGAGCGUCCUACGCUAAGGUCGGGCGCAACACCAACACGCCCGGCCUGCAGCCCAAUGCCGAGCUUCGUUCCAAUGCCUCUCUCCUCCUUAACCGCGCCCUCCUCUCUCCCGCCCUCUGCACCCGCACCUGCACCACUAAACGCCGAGCCAAGCCGCCCGGAGCCGAGGACCUGCUGGUAAAGGACAGAGAUGCUACAGUGCUGCCAGGGGAAGAGCCGAUGGUGGCCCUGGGAAGUAGGGGAGGCGAGGAAGAGGUGGAGGGGAAGAAAGGGAAGGAAGGGCGAGAAAUAGAAGGUAGCAAGGAAGAGACUAUUACUGGCGAAGAGCCCGAUCGGAAUGCUGACGUGGCGGUGGUGUUCAAGUCGUCGCCACUGAUGUGUCUCUCCCGGAUAGGCCGGCUGGCAUCAAAGGCACAGAGGGCCCUGGUGUACCCACCGCACCUGCACCUUGUAGCAGAUCACUUUAUAACGAAGAAUUUCCAAGCAGGUGGGGCGAUGAAUGGAAACGGGGGGGGCACAAAUGGUCAAGAAAGUCAAGGAAGUCAAGGAGGGGGCGCAUUGUUUCUGGCGGCGCACUGGCGGCUGGAGAAGGCGCUGAGGGCGGGAGUGAGGGCGCAGCAGCUGGCAGCGUGUGCGCGGGGGCUGCUGGCGAGUGUGAGGGGGUGGGCGAGGACGGUGGGUAUGGGGGGCGGCAGGGGAGGAGGAGGAGGGGAUGGGGGCAGGAAGGAAAAGGGAGGUGGAAAAACGCUGGCGGUGUUUCUGGCAACAGAUCUGACUCCGGAUGACAGGUGGAUGUCCAACUCGUUCACUGUUCUCAGCAAGGAGCACAGGGACCUCGCUUUGAGAACUGUGCAGCUGCUGCAUGAGGAGCUCCAUCCGAUCACAUGGGCUGCUGUGGACCCCUCAGUGCCUCAGCUGGAUACGGGCGUGCAGGCCAUCCUUGAUAAGCUACUAUGCAUGAAGGCUACAGUGUUUCUUCAUGCGCCUAUGGCUUGCACUGGGGCGCAUGACCCACAUGGCUCAAGCUUUACGGAAGAAAUAUGUGCCAGUAGAGAAGUUGAAGACAAUGAGGCCGGUGGUAGAGGGGAUGGCUCGCUACGCAACAGAUGCACAACGUGGGAUGCGGAUGUGGUUUGAAAUUUUUUAUGCAUACAACCAUACGUGUGUCCUGUAUUAAAUGGAUCCACUGUAC